GCCCUGGGACAGCUGGAAGAGUGUUCAUUUUUUUAAGUGGCAAGAGACGCUCUCACCUCCCGAACCACAGAAACAAUUGUGCUGGCAGUAUGUUCACUCUCAGCCGAGCAGCUUGCUUCUUUUGCUUGUUUGGCACCGUGCUGUGCGGGUGUCUGACUCAAUGGUAUGAAAACACCUUCUUCAGAGGGGGCGAUGUAAGUGCCAUGUACAGCCCGGAUGCCCAGUACUGCCAGAUGAUGUGCACUUUCCACCCCAGGUGUUUACUGUUCAGUUUUUUUCCAGAAAGUUCAACUAAUAACCCAACAAAAAGGUUUGGUUGUUUCUUGAAAGACAGUAUUACAGGAGCUCUACCAAGAGUGCAUCGGAGAAACGCAAUUUCUGGGCAUUCUUUAAAGCAAUGUGGCCAUCUAAUAAGUGCCUGCCACCGAGAUGUUUAUGAAGGAAUUGAUAUGAGAGGAGUCAAUUUUAAUGCAUCUAAGGUCAAGAGCGUUGAGGAAUGCCAGAGAUUGUGCACCGAUAAUAUUCAUUGCCAAUUUUUCACAUAUGCCACAGACAAAUUUCACAGUGCAGGGUACCGGAACUACUGCCUAUUAAAGCAGAGUUCAAGUGGAACACCUACCAGUAUAAAGACGGUGAAUGAUGUGGUAUCUGGAUUCUCACUGAAGCCCUGUGCACUUUCAGAAUUCGGUUGUCGCAUGGACCUCUUCCAGCAUGUUGUGUUUUCAGACACGAAUGUGGCCAGAAUCAUCACCCCAGAUGCCUUUGUGUGUCGGACCAUCUGCACGUAUCAUCCCAGCUGCCUCUUCUUUACAUUCUAUACAAAUGCAUGGAGUGCAGAAUCCCAAAGAAAUGUUUGUUUUCUUAAGACUUCUGAAAGUGGGACACCAAGUUCCUUUACUGUUCAAGAAAACACCGUAUCUGGACAUAGCCUCUCCACCUGCAAAAAAACUCUGCCUGAACCCUGCCUCUCCAAAAUUUAUACCGGAGUUGACUUUGGAGGAGAAGAAUUGAAUGUGACCUUCGAGGAAGGAGCAAGUGCUUGCCAAGAGACUUGUACGAAGAUAAUUCGCUGUCAGUUCUUUACUUACUCUUCACUCCCAGAAGACUGUAAGGGAGAGAGGUGUAAGUGCUCCUUAAGAUUGUCUCUGGAUGGCUCCCCAACCAGGAUUACGUAUGGCACGCAAGGGAGCUCCGGUUACUCUUUGAGAUUGUGUAAAACUGGGGACAGCGCUGUCUGCACAACCAAAACAAACGCACGUAUCGUGGGAGGAACGGACUCUGCUUGGGGAGAGUGGCCCUGGCAGGUCAGCUUGCAGGUGAGACUGACAAGUCGGGGCCACAUGUGCGGAGGGUCCAUCAUCGCGCCCCAGUGGGUCCUGACCGCCGCGCACUGCUUUGAUGGAAUUCCCUUCCCAGAUGUUUGGCGCAUUUAUGGAGGCAUUUUAAAUCUGUCAGAGAUUACAAAGGAAACCUAUUUCUCACAAAUAAAAGAACUUAUUAUCCAUGAGAAAUAUAAAGCCUCAGAAACUGGUCAUGACAUUGCCUUAAUAAAACUCCAGGUGCCCUUGAAUUACACUGAAUUCCUAAAACCAAUAUGCCUACCCGCCAAAGAUGAUAUGGAUACAGUUUUUACCAACUGCUGGAUAACUGGAUGGGGCUACAAUAAGGAAAAAGGUGAAAUCCAAAAUAUCCUACAAAAAGUAAAUAUUCCUUUGGUAACAAGUGAAGAAUGCCAAAAAAAGUAUAAAGAUUAUGUCAUAACCAAGCAAAUGAUCUGUGCUGGCUACAAAGAAGGGGGUAAAGAUGCUUGUAAGGGAGACUCUGGUGGCCCCUUAGUCUGUAAACACAAUGGAGUAUGGCGACUGGUGGGCAUCACCAGUUGGGGUGAAGGCUGUGCCCGGAAGGAACAGCCAGGUGUCUACACGAAAGUUGCUGGAUAUGUGGACUGGAUUUUAGAGAAGACACGGAAAGGUGAUGGGAAGGAGCUGAUGGCAUCACCAGCGUGAGGAGGCUGCAGGUGCAGGAAAGCCCAGAUGACAGCCCUAGUUCACCAUCUGGGUUCAAGUCAUACAGGGCAACUUCAGUUCUUGCCUGUGAAAUCUGGAGAAUGGAUAUGCCUUGAACCCUUGUAGGGAUAAAGAGUUGGCACACAGCUGCUGAGGACAAAGAAUUGCCAAGGCAUGCUGUAAGUAUUCAGAAACCAGGAGCUCCUAAUGAGAAAUAGCUGAAGAGCUUCCGUUCUGUGUGUUGUAAAAUAAAAUGGAAAAAGAGCAUGACUAGAAGUAUGUCCAUCUGGUUAUGAAACAAAACUGAACACAAGUGACUCUGGAUUCUAGCAGUGUUCCCUGGAACCUAACUUUGCCUGCUUUACUUAGGGUGAGAAGUUAAGAAGCUUGAGUUUUGUUCCGCCCAGUGAAAGAAAGAACUCUAAUAUUCUCUUUUACAAUAAAAAGGUGGAUUUCCUGAACUUGGGAUGAUAGGACACGUGUUCAAUUGAGCCACUUACAUGUGUUCCUGAGAAUUGGAUCAAGGGUCCAGGCUGAGUGUGUAGCAGAUACAUAUAGGGCUGCACUUUUCUGGUUGAAGCUCCUGCAGUCAAUUCGCUGCAGAGCCUUCAUGGAGAGUGAGGAAUCUGCUUCAUGAAGACCAUUAACCCAAGAAGCUCAGUGGAUGUUGAGUUGUGCAACAGUAACUCAAAUCUAUUGCUAGGUGUAAAGUACUGCAUCAAAUUUUGAAUUGUAAACUCUUAUAGGUAGUAGUUGUUACUCUUGGAAUGGAAGACCUCAAUGUGUGUGAUACACAUUCAGAACUUGUCAGUGAUCAUCACAGUUGAUCACAGAUAGUUUGAUUCAGGGCAGUUAAGUUGAUUAACACAUACCUAAGAUCUUCCAAUUAUAAAAAAUUGUGUAAGUUGAGUAGAAAAAUAAGAAGUAAAGAUUUAUAAAUGAUUACAUUUUCUUUCCAUCUGCCAAGAUACUUUGAGUGGUAGAAAGGAAUAAAGAUGGCAGAGGCAGAAGGAAAACCAGAAAGUCUUGGUUCCCAUUGUCCAUGCCACUAAAAACUGAGGAGGUCAGAAUUAUUUCAGAGGCAAUGGCUUUCAUAAAACCUGGAUAAAUUGUAUGAAUUGUUUUUUUAAACACAUAAUUUCAAUGUUUACUAUUGUAAUAAAGAUAUUAGUCUUACUA